UUUGCCUUUUUGCUGCAAAUACCGUACACCUUUUCCGUUACAGCCCAUUCUCUCUGGUCUCCUCCAUUGCUUCCCAUUUUCUUCCGUUCACUGAAGAAACUGAUUCCAGAGCUUAGGGUUUGGACUGUGAAAUGGUGGCCGACGACAAGACAGCUUCGGACUCUCCUGUUUCCGUUCUGGAAGAUGAGGAUACCUGCAAAGAGGAGCCCGCUGUUAAAUUGGAGGAAGUAGUUUAUGAUGCAGAAAAUGAGGAUGUCACUCAUAUACCUGAAUCCAUGGAGGAAGAAAUUUUGAGGAAAGCAUGUGCAAAGGAGGAAGAGGUACAAUUAAAUGACCUCAACCAGGCGCCCAGUUUGAAUGAAACUCAAUUUACCAAGUUGGAUGAGCUUCUUACCCAGACACAACUUUAUUCAGAGUUCCUGCUGGAGAAUAUGGAUAACAUCAAAAUGAUAGAAGGUGAAGAGAAAAGUGUCAAUGAAAACAAACGAGGCCGUGGCUUGAAACGGAAGGCGACAACAGGCUACAACAAUAGGAAAGCCAAGAGAGCUGUUGCUGCCAUGCUUACAAGAUCUAAAGAAGAUGUUUCAAAUGAAGAUUCAACCCUCACGGAGGAAGAGAGAGUCGAAAGAGAGCAGGCCGAACUUGUGCCCUUGUUGACUGGUGGGAAAUUGAAAUCUUAUCAACUGAAAGGUGUCAAGUGGUUGAUCUCAUUAUGGCAAAAUGGAUUGAAUGGUAUCCUAGCAGAUCAAAUGGGACUUGGAAAGACAAUUCAAACGAUAGCUUUUCUUGCUCAUUUGAAGGGGAAUGGUUUGGAUGGCCCUUAUUUGGUCAUUGCUCCUUUGUCUACGCUUUCAAAUUGGUUGAAUGAGAUAGAGAGGUUUGUGCCCUCAAUCAAUGCAAUCAUCUACCACGGUGACAAGAAACAGAGGGAUGAGAUAAGGAUGAAGCACAUGCCGAGGACCAUAGGUCCCAAAUUUCCCAUUGUAAUUACUUCUUAUGAAGUUGCAUUAAGUGAUGCAAGGAAGUGCUUGAGGCACUACAGUUGGAAAUAUCUUGUGGUGGAUGAGGGGCAUAGGUUAAAGAACUCAAAAUGCAAAUUGUUCAAAGAAUUGAAGCUGUUGCCCAUUGAAAACAAGCUCCUUUUAACUGGAACACCUCUGCAUAAUAACUUAGCUGAGCUGUGGUCCUUGUUGAACUUCAUUUUACCGGACAUAUUCUCUUCCCACGAUGAAUUUGAGUCAUGGUUUGAUCUGUCGGGGAAGUGCACCAUUGAAUCAGAAAAGGAAGAAAUGGAAGAAAAGAGGAGAGCACAAGUUGUGGCCAAACUCCAUGCAAUAUUACGUCCUUUUCUUCUACGGAGGAUGAAAGUGGAUGUUGAGCAAAUGCUUCCUCGUAAGAAGGAGAUAAUAUUGUAUGCUACCAUGACUGAAUACCAGAAAAAGUUCCAGGAACACCUAAUUAAUAGGACACUGGAGGGCUAUUUGAUUGAGAAUGUGUCCACUGGGCAUGGUUUUAAAGGAAAGCUUAAUAAUUUGAUGGUUCAACUUCGCAAGAAUUGCAACCAUCCUGAUCUCUUGGAGUCCUUCUUCAACGGUUCUCCUCUUUAUCCACCUGUGCAACAAAUAGUUGACCAAUGUGGCAAGUUUAUUUUGCUGGACAGACUGUUAACAAAACUGUUUGCUCGCAAGCACAAGGUUCUGAUAUUCUCUCAGUGGACUAGAGUACUGGACAUAAUGCACUAUUAUUUUAGUGAAAAAGGAUUUGAUGUUUGUAGGAUUGAUGGCAGUGUGAAAUUGGACGAAAGAAAAAGACAGAUCAAGGAGUUCAAUGAUGUUAGCAGCAAGUACAGGAUAUUUCUUCUUAGUACUAGAGCUGGUGGCCUUGGUAUCAAUCUGACUGCUGCCGAUACCUGUAUUUUAUAUGAUAGUGAUUGGAAUCCUCAAAUGGAUCUACAGGCAAUGGAUCGGUGCCAUAGAAUUGGUCAGACCAAACCUGUUCAUGUUUACAGGUUUUCCACAGCUUUGUCUGUGGAGGGUCGAAUCCUCAAAAGAGCUUUUAGCAAGUUGAAGCUUGAGCAGGUGGUAAUCGGGAGAGGACAAUUUAAGCAAGAAAGAAGCAAACCUUCCAUGGAUGUUAUGGAGGAGGAGGACUUGUUGGCUCUCAUGAGAGAUCAAGAUAGUGAGGAGGACAAGUUGGUGCAGACAGAUGUUACAGAUGAAGAUCUGGAGAGGAUUUUAGACCGUAGUGAUCUAGUUGUUGGUCCUUCAAGUGAGGAUGGGAACACUGAAUCAUGUGUUAAUGUGCUUCCUCUCAAAGGACCUGGUUGGGAAGUAGUUAUUCCAACUGCAACUGGAGGCGUGCUUUCCACCCUCAACAGCUGAUGAGAGAUUUGAUGCGGUUAAUUAGGGGUUUUAGAUCUAUGUUUUGUUAGUCAAUAGCUGAUUACAUUGCCUUGUGCUAAAAGUUGAACUAUAUUUUGGCGACACCAGCAGAUUUUUGUAAACUUGUGCUGCUGAAGUCGGUGGACUUGUACUAAGUAUUAAAUUAUGUUUUGCUCACAGCACCAGUUUUUUGUAAAAUUUUGUUACUUGAGAAGCUAUUGACUUCACCAAUCAUGUUAUGUUAACAAUUACUUUGUCAUUGGUAUUCAGAACUUAUAUGAGUGCUAAACUA